AUGGCACAACCUAAUCCCUACAACACGGCUGCGUACACGUACCCCUUCCCCCUCACUGGUUACGAGGAUGCACCUCCUCUGCCGGAGGAGAAGGCUGAGGAUGGGAAAAGCUACGUUAACCCGCCAAACGAUUCUCUAAGCAAGGCAUAUGAGGAGUUCCCGGAUCCGCUGAGCAAAGGGAGGAGGGGCGGCUUCAGUGCCAAUAGCGACAUCCACAUUUACUAUUUUCAGAAUAAUGAAGAGCAGGCGAAGCAUGCUCUAGCGUUAUGGGAGAGAAUCAGGCGAGAAUUUCCCGAGCUGAGAAUCUACCGUUUCUGGGACAAGCCCGUUGGACCUCAUCCGGUAGCCAUGUUUGAGGUCAAUCUCUUCACACCCGCGCAGUUCGGCGCGUUUAUUCCGUGGCUGAGUGUCUGGAGAGGCCCGCUUUCGGCGUUGAUUCAUCCAAAUUCAGAGGACCCCGGUGUGGAUAGCAUUGUCACGGAGCUGCGAGAUCAUACCCAGCGGGCCAUAUGGAUGGGGGAGAGGAUUCCACUGGAUCUGACCCUGUUCCAAAAGGCUAUUGCUGCAAAGCAGGCCCAAUGA